AUGCACAGAAGCGGAGGUCUCAGCAGCCAUGCAAAGGGAGGCGCAGCGCGAAGCGAAAGAAAGCAAGGUCGAACAAAGGACUCCGCAUAUCAGGCAUCAGUUCGGAACUUUGUCGAUCCUCCGCCACCAGGUAUACAAAGGCUCCCAUCUCCAUUAACCCUGCGAACUGCACCACAGACAUACAAUUACUCUGCUAAUGGGACUGUAAACGCAGAGCUCAGCCAUCCGGUGCAAGACACUAUCACUGCUUCUCCGAGAGGCAGAUAUGCGCAAGGCGCAAAUGGUGCAAGCAGCUCUAGGCAGCAGCCGCGCAUUGGUAUGGCUAAUGCGAACGUAAAUACAGAACUCCGUCAUAGAGCACACGAAGCGGCUUCAGCUUCUACCAGAGAUAAGUAUGUACCCGGCCUGAUUGCAGCGGGCAGCUCCACUUUCCGGUCCAGCUCCAGCCACCAGACACCAUUGUAUGACUCCAUCCCGAUCGGAUACAUCAAUUCCUCCGGUAGUCAGGUCAACACCUCUGUGCGUCAGAGUAGCCUCCCACCGACGACAGACUGUCAGCCUACGUUCCUUCCGCAUUCGUACCGUGCUGACAUGCGCCCGAGGACCGAAAACGUAAAUGCUGCGGAGAGGUUCGGAGAUCCGAGCCAUAGUGAGCCUGAGGGAUUUAAGAGCCGUACCGCCCCGAAUCCAGUCACCUGCAAGACCCCUGAAGCUUCGCAGAACGCGGACCUUGACGCUCUUGGCACACAUGUGCGCUGCCACCUGCUCAAGACGGAAGAGUUCAGCAAAGACGUUCAGGCGUACCACAAAGAUGCGAAGCACAACUGGCAAAAGGUUCAUAGUUCGCAGGACUCCAUCAAUGUUGCCGUCGACAAGAUGUCGAAUCAUCUGCUUGAGAUAUCCGAGCUUUGUACGACCUUGGCAAAGUCAUGUUCGGCAACGGCGGAGAAGCAAUCGAGCUUAGCAGCAGGCCAGACUCGGCUUGAAGAGCUGAUUGAAAAUCAAAUUUGCCAAGCGAUAAAGGACAUGGCUCAGAACAUCAGGUCAACAAAGGAUGCAGUAGUGAGGGCUGAAGCAAGUGACAGCGCUGAUCGACAGACGAACGCGAAUCGACACACUGAGCUUCUCACCUCUGUUGGUGCCCUUCAAGCUGCACUGCAUGAGGAGAUAUACGGUGUCAGAAACGAGCUGAAGACGUUCACAGCACAGGAGCGCGAGCAUCGUAGGUUCGAAAGACAGAGGAGUCUUCAGGAGGAGGAGCGAAAACGGAAGAAGCGCGAAGAGGAUCGAUGUAGACAAGAGGAGUAUGUACAGAGAUGUCAAGAGAGUUGUGAGCGUGUUCUACUUGCCCUUCAAGCUGCGACGCAGCCAGAACCGGGCUCAACUCGUCAGGCCACUCAUGCCUUGGACCUUGGAGGAGACCACGUACCAUCCAGAUCACUACCGACGAACACUCGCUUCAGGUCGUGUGAGGACGAUCCAUACCGGAUACUGUCCCCACAGGGAACUAACGGCAUCCCAGUUCUUGAGCAGGACCUUGAUGCGCAACACGGGCAAGACGGCAACGCACGGACCGUGGAAGCAGAUGUCGCUAUCCAAGUCCAAACGAAGACCGACCGACGUACAUUUCCCAUUCGACCAGUCGAUGACGAUGACGUAGCGGAGUUUCGAGCGGCGUCCCCGGAUCCAAAGGCGCUGAAGAAGAAGAAGCAUGGCACGGGUAAGCGUAGUGCCCCGAGGAAAUAUGGCGGAAAGGCAAAGAAGCGCUUGCGCACAACAGAAGUUGAAGCUCAAGUCGAAAGCGACGAACCCUCGACUUCGCAUCAUCCUCUUCCCAGGGAGGAAGAAGCCUCUACGUUACAGACAAACAUUUUCCAAAUUGCGGACCGAGCUACUCAAGCCAUUGAUCCCAUCUCUGAAGGGCAAGAGGCACUGUCUCUGUCUCGGGAAGCAGUCAUUUCGCAGCCUCGGAAAGGGCGACUGGCGGCGAAAGCUCGAAAGCGAAAGCGUCCAUUCGGAGAUGGUCCUGAUGUUGACGUAACUCAUGCUGGCAGGGUGGCACAGAGGCGAAGAUCCAAAGAAAAAGUUGCAACACCAUACGUCCAUCACUCGCAUCAGUUGCGAUCGCGAGGAACACCUACUUUUCUUCCCGAGGUCUGGCCCUUGGUCAAAUGA